UGGCGGGCGGGUGACGGCGACAGCAGGUGUGUGCGGAUGGUCCAGUGGCUGACGAGCAACGGGAGUGUGCGGGUAGGCGGAGCGGGUGACGACGAGUGACAGGCAUGUGUGCUAGCCGAGCGGCCCGGAGGCCCUCCCUGAGAGUUGUCCCUGUCCCCUUGCGGCGCACUGCAGGCUGAGGGUAGGCACAGAAGCAGUGUGGUGGAUGGACUCGGGAAAUGCGCUUUGGAAACGUGAGGGUGUUUCCGUGUCAGUAGAGGAACACUGUGUCAGCUCCUUCAGGAGUGCAUUGCGGCGUGGCAUCUGUGUGUUGGUGAACAGUGUGCAAGACACAAAAAUCAAAACAUGAACGACGAUAUAUAUUACCAAUGUUCAAAGCUGAUUCAGGUACAACUGGAAUACAGUUGCCUACAACAUAUUCCAGAGGAAUUAGAGAAGUCAAAGUGAUGGAUAACAGGAAAGAGCCUCCGUUCUUCAAUGAAGAUAACAUGGGACUGGGACCAUUUGACUACAAACUUCUUUUCUAUGAUACUAUGGAGCUCUUCAUUGAGACACUGACCGGAACAUGUUUUGAGCUGAGAGUUUCACCCUUUGAAGCGGUUAUUUCUGUAAAGGCAAAAAUUCAAAGACUGGAAGGUAUCCCCAUCUGUCAGCAGCACUUAAUUUGGAAUAACGUGGAACUUGAAGAUGAUUAUUGCUUGAAUGAUUACAACAUUUCAGAAGGUUGUACUUUGAAGCUGGUUUUGGCCAUGCGUGGUGGACCUAUAAAUACUAGAAAAGUUCCCACGGAAGACCCGCUUAGGGAGAUGGCCGAGUGCAUGGACCCCAGGCGAGAUGAGGUCUGGGAGAAGGCCUCCUGCAGCAGACAAGUCACGUUCUUGGUUUACCGGGAAGGAGAUCAGUUGAAUUUCUUUCGUGUAGUAGAUAGGGGAGAUGGCACUUUAACACCAUUAUCUGAAUCUUUAAGCAGUGGUUCUAUGUACAAUUUGUGUACAGAUGAGGAAGAGGAGGUGGAGCCUUCUCCUUCGGGGCAAAAGACCAUUGAAAAUUCAAUAACUAUGAAUAAGAUGAAGCUGCUCAAGGCGAAGAUGGAGAACAUGAACCUCGGUAGAAAGCCCAAGAGAGCCCUGAGGGUGCAGCCUCACCCGCCUGCCACUCGACCAGUCAGCGGCUCCACGGGUGUGGGCCCGCGCCCCAGGCUGCUGCCCGCACUAACGCCCCUGAGCCCAGGGCGACUGCCAGGGCCCUCCCAGCUUUGGGGCACCCAGCACUCCACGGGGAACUUGGUGACUGAGGACAUGCAUGACUCUGUCCUCGAGAUCCCAUGCCCCGAACAGUGCGCACCUGAGAAUGCGCUGCACCCCGAAGAGGCCCAGGGGAGCACAACGGGGCCAGGCUGUGGCAUGGGUAUCCAGGGCAAGCAGAGGGACAGCGCCGUGUCCCAGUCCCCAUCCCUGUCCCCUCCCAGGGUGGCAGCGCAGAGUCCUGGGGACAGUGGGAUCCCGGGGAAGCCGCACAGACAGCCCCGGGUGUGGGACUGCAGAGCCGCCCCCGAGCCCACUGUCCCCAGUGCCGCCACCAGCUGUGGCUGUCGAGGGGUGAAAGUCCGCUCCCCAGGGAAGAGGCCCGACGUCAUCUCCAGAGUGGAGGCACGGGACAUCACAGAGAUGGCCAACAAGGCCGUUAAGGAGCCAGUGGGCCGUGUGAGCAACGUCGGGCUGCUGGCUUCUCUAGCACGGAGUGCCAGCAGGGACGGGGUGCAGAGCGCUCGAGGGCCGGGCCGACUGCGCCCGCCCCGCUCACGCCUUCAGCCAGAGACUCCGAGUCCGUGUGGCUCCACCAGGGCCCAGCCCUCCUCGCCCUUCCCGUCUGCCCUUGGCCUACGAAUGAACCGAAGCAGCACAGCAGCAGGGAAAAGAGGAGGAGAAUGCCCCCAUCACCUCCCACCCAUGAAAGCCCCUCUCCAAACAAAGAAGAAGACAACAACAAAACAUUGUUUUCUUUGUGGAAAGAAAACAGGACUGGCUACUAGCUACGAAUGCAGAUGUGGAAACAACUUCUGUGCAUCUCAUCGCUAUGCAGAGACUCACGGCUGCACCUAUGAUUACAAGAGUACAGGGAGAAGGUUCUUGCAGGAGGCAAAUCCUGUGGUGAAAGCACCAAAACUUCCAAAAAUUUAACUCCUCCUCUGCACCUUACUGUUCUACCCGCUCGCGAAAUCGUAUUAUAUUGACAGAAGAAAUGGUGUUUGGACUGCAUUAUUUUUGUUCGACUCCAAAAGAUUGGCCACGUAACAAAAGCAUCUAAUGCAUACUGUUGGAGGAUGAAAAUGCUACUGUAUUCGAAGUCUUUAUUUUUUUGGUGAAUCAGAAGUUUUAAAAGUAGUUGUAAAAACUUUACACUGUAAUGUCUUAGCUUUGUUAUUGCAUGUCUGUGUUAAGUGUCUUAUAUUUGAUACUGCAGUUUCACUAGACAACUCUUCAAAACAUGCCUUUUAGGAAGCAAAUACUGGCAGUGUAACUGAGCAUCCAGCAAUACGGAAUGCAUGGUCAUGUGAAGGCUGUUCUGAAAUGGACCACUUUUGCGGGGGGUGUAAGUGGGCAUUUUUUUUUUUUCCACAAAUUCCAUGUGUGAAAGUUUAUAUAGUUACUGGCAAGUUCUGUUUUAUUUCAAACGACUUUUUAUAAAAAGAGCAUUUGGGUUUCCAGUGUGGUUUUUGACACAAAUCUUUCAUAUUCAGACUGGCAUUCAGAUAUGUAUCCAUUCUAUAAAACACAUCAUGUUCAUCAAGUACAUAUUUCUUAAAAUAUUACUUUUUAAAUGACAGUUUUAAAAGUUUUACUUGUUGCCACUAAAUAGAGACACCAACUUUGGUUUUCCAAAAAUGGGUACCUUUAAAGCAGAACUUGGCAGCAUGAUUUGUUUUUCUUAUAGGUUGAGUGCUUUAACCAGAGGAAAUGCAGAUAAAUACUCAAUUUCACUAUGAACUUGAUUGUUUACAAUAAAUUUUAUUUCAGAAAUAAAUUUUCUCGUAUAAAACUUUUGAAUGAAAUAAAACUAAUUCUGCUGCAAAAACAGUAUAAAAGCCUUCUUUUCAGGCCCCAAGGGUCUUCCCUGGGUGUGAGCCAGGGACCACACAGACUUUCCCUUCUACUCCCUCACGUCCAGCAGAGAUUGAGUGUUGGUAGAGAAAAACACCACGAGAGCUAGAACAGAACGCAUCUACAAGGGAAAACUGAGUGGGUGAAAGGCACACUUCUGAAGAGGGAUGCAUAUAGGUUAAUGCAUGUACUUCUAUCUGUAGUAAGGAGUUACUCAGUUUUCCCUCUCUUACUGAGAAAACAUGUUUUAGACAUAUAAAAUAUAAAGAACUCAGUUACAUGGGUAGAAUGCUGACAGGUGAACCAAAGUAUAAUCAUUCUGCAAGUAAAUUAUUUUAUGUCUUCUUUUAAGUUUUACCAAAGAUUUUGUUUGUCUUUUCACUACUAAGCCAUGAGUCACUUUUCACUACUAACCCACUUAAAUUCGAGAAGUUAUCAUUGAGAGGCAUUUCUGUUUGCUUUAGAGUCUUACAGAGAUGCAGUGCAAUUCAAAUUUCAGAGAUUUCACAUCUGUCUUUGCAGUGUAGUUAUUAGAAGAGGGCGUUAUGUGUGGCCCUGCUUAAACAUUAAUUGAAUAAUUGUCUUGGACAACUUCUCAAUAAUAACAUAUGGUGAUACCUACGUUCCAAAACUCAAUUCCACAAUUCUGGUUGCAAACCAAGUUGGAUGAGAACAAAAUCAAAUUCAAUGAUUAAGUUCAGUGUUAACCUUAUGGGGAAAUUGGUUCCGCUCUCUAGUUCAUUUUGCAACCAGAGUUGUAGAGAGAAUAGAGUUUGUGAACCAAGAUACCACUAUAAAUGUGUUUUUUGUUGUUGUUAAUCCUAUCUUAUAUUCAACUUCUGAAUUUUUUAAAAAGAAUAAUAGAUAAGGUUCACUACAGCUCACUUGGCUGUAAUGUAAAAUAUACAGAUUUAAUAUAAAAAUUUAAUAUAAAAUAUAUAUUCACACAUAUAUGAAGGAUUUAACAAAGUAGGCCUAUAGUGAUCACCUGUGGAGCCAGGAGUGGAUGCAGGCAGAAUGGCUGUGUGCUAGAGAGCCGGGGGGCCCAGUUGAAAGUUGAAGGCCUGUACCUCACUGCAGAGUCUGAUCUGAGUCCUUCUCUGAAAGCUGAAGGAUCUGCACUGGAAACCUUGGAGAAGUGGAGAUGAACCUCCAAAGAUGAUGGCAAAGACUGAGCUCCUCCGAAGAAGCAAAAAGGACAGAAUCCUUUCCCUUUAGCUCAGCAGUGUAAUUUAUAUUGUGACUUAACUAUGACACAUAAGACAGGCCUUCAUUUUCUCAUAUAUGUUUAAUGUCAUAUGAGACAACAGUGCAAUGGGCCAGUGUGGGAAACACAGGAUCCUCAGGCCCCUAGGCCCUCCCUUUGUGUGGGCCGGAGCCACAGGUUACUUGGGGUCGAGAUGAGGACUGGAAUGCCUGUGCCUCUUGAGGAGAAAAUGUUCUCCCCUCGCAAAACCUUGAGAACUUGCUUGGCUAGACUUUCACAAUAUGGGAAAGUGGCCAGAGGCCUUGUAGAUUAAAAUAGAAUGUCCCGGCCUUGUAGAAAAUAAAAUGUCCCGAGCAGUCUUGUGGUGGUGUGACAACUUUCUGCUUCUCAUGCUUUAGAAAAAUAAGAUAACAACAGACCUUGGUUUAUAGAGCACACCUGGAACAGACUGUCAGAAAAACAAUUACUUGGCUCGGUAUGUACUCAUAUGUUAUCUGAAAAACUACACUUGUAUGCUAUAAAACUUCUUACAGAAUAAACUUCAGUAUGCAGUUGCAGUUGCAAACUUGGCUCUUGCUGCUCUG